ACUGCAUACGGGAAAGUUGGCUGUAACGUAGUAUGACGAUAGGAAGUAUAAACAAAAAAAUUACUGAAUUUAUACUGCUCAUGUUGACAAAAUCAUUAAACGUAUCCUUUUUCAUAUAAUUCAUGAAGACACCCAAAUUCCUAACAUCAGUAGGUGUUCAUCAAUAUUUACACUGGAAUUUCCUUCGAGAGAUCGAAAGUAUGUAAUUAUCCUAUACCAUCUCUCCCGGUUCAGAACCUUCAAUGAACAGAAAUGUGCUUAAUGAGGAAAAUCGUUGUUGAAUUCGUUAGUGUUUGCAUCUCUCUUUAAGAAGUGAACUUCUAAUGAUACGUGUCUAAUGGUUCGUUAUGCAAGUCGAUCGAAAGUAAUUAGGUGGUGUUGCUUAGUUUUGCAUGGUGUCAGUAUGGAAAGGAAUAUGUUAUAUAAGUAAUAAUAAGAAUCUCUUAUAACUGUAUAUAUUUCUUUUGAAAUAUUUAAAAGUUAUGAUUUUAAUAAUCAGGGCUGGUGUUUAGAAAAGAGAGUGGUGUAGAGAUUGACAAAUUCUGCAUACUCAUUGCUGAUAUAAUCAUGGCAGAAGAAGAAGAAGGGAAGGAAUACCGGUGGGAAACAGGAUAUGAGAAGACAUGGGAAGCAAUUCAGGAGGAUGAUGAAGGGCUGCUUGAAGGAUCAGUGGCAGAAAUAAUUCAACGUGCAAAGAGGAAGCGGCAGGCGGAAAGGCAUGGUAAUACACGUCUUGGUAUGAUGCGUCACCUAUUCUUGGUGAUUGAUAACUCAGAUUGCAUGAGUAACCAGGAUUUGAAACCCACAAGACAACUUUGUACUAUUAAGUUGUUGGAGGGUUUUAUUGAUGAAUUUUUUGAUCAGAAUCCGAUCAGUCAGAUGGGAAUCAUCAUAACGAAAAGCAAACGUGCUGAAAAAAUAAGUGAGUUAGCUGGAAAUCCAAGAAAACAUAUAAAGGCAGUCCAACAGUUAACUCAGGUGGCAUGUAGUGGGGAGCCCUCUUUACAGAAUGCCUUGGAACUUGCGUUACGCUCCUUACGUAUGUUGCCUUCGCAUGCCAGUCGUGAAAUUCUGAUUCUGAUGGGAAGUUUAACAACUUGUGACCCUGGUGAUAUCUCUGUCACAGUUCAGAAUUUGAAAGCACAAGGUGUUCGAUGCUCAGUGAUUGCUUUGGCAGCAGAAGUUCACAUCUGCCAUAAGCUGUGUCGUGAGACAGGAGGUCUGUUCGGAGUGAUACUUGAUGACUGUCACUUUCGUGAUCAGCUCUUUCAACACAUUGAUCCUCCACCAGCUGCAACAUUCCUUGACUCAUCUCUAAUCAAGAUGGGGUUUCCUCACCACCUGAUGCAGGAAGGGAAGGAGGCUUCACUUACUAUGUGCAUGUGCCAUGUUGAUUCUACUGACGGAGAGGGCGGUAGGCUCAAUAGUGGAGGGUAUUUCUGUCCUCAGUGUUGCAGCAAGUAUUGCGAACUUCCCGUGGAGUGCAAAGCUUGUGGAUUGACAUUAGUAUCUGCACCACAUCUAGCCAGAUCCUAUCACCAUUUGUUUCCUGUUGACAAUUUCAAGGAACUUGAAUUUAGAGAUAUGCAAGACAAAAUUGAGUUGUGUUUUGCCUGUCAGAAGAGGUUUGGAGAACAUGAUAAACAUGUUUAUGAAUGUGGGACAUGUAGCAGAAUAUUUUGCUUGGAGUGUGAUAUGUUCAUUCAUGACUUAUUACACACAUGUCCUGGAUGUGCUACAAACCAUUCAACAUCCCAGUCAAUGAGCAAUGAUUCAGUGCCUCCAAGAUAACCUGAGUUCCAAGUACUCUUCUAAGUAUGUUAUUGCAUAUUAUUAUUAUUGGGAAGAGUGGAACUCACUGGAAGAAAUCUUGAAGUCUUGUAUUUUGAUUAUUUAUUUAUGUUGGUGGUCUAUGGUUUUGAAGCAAUGACCCUGGAGUACGUGACAUCAAGGUGUAUACAACAUCAACAGGAUCAGUAAUAUUUGCAGCAAUAAACAGGAAAACUAACUGAAAAAGUAAAAUAGUCAGUAAUCUAAAAAAAUUUGUAUAAUAUGCUUUGGUGUUAUAUGUAUGCUGUUCAGUAUCGUCUGAGGGUGUAUUAUAAUUAUUACUUUGAUGCUGACGUCCAAAAUGACUGGGAGUAAAGGACAAACCCAGUAUUUCUUUCUGUAAUUACCAGACCAAUUUAGACAUCUGUCUCAGUGAUGUGUCACUUGUUUGAUUCCUGUUUAGAAGAAAUAAGGGCUCACUGCGCCCCACCUGUUCAUCUGGAUUUUCAUCGCAUCAUUGCAUCAGAAGUAUUUUCCUGAAGCUUCAUUGAUAGCCAGAAGUGGCAGUCAUUGGGUGUCAAGGUUCAGGCUGAAUGGCAGAUGGACGAGACAUUUCCAGCAGUAUGUAGGGACUGCAAGCUGCGACAUCCGAAGGAGGCAGUCUGGAUGAAGCUAGUGUGGAGGCUUGAUUUCUUCUCUGCUGGAAUUCAAUAAGUUGUAUAUCAUUGGGAUUAAUGUCUUGGUCACUCCUAAUGAUUAUGUAUAGAAAUAGUAUGCAUUGUCUAAUAUUCCUUGUUCUGUUGGACAUCACUGUUGAAGUAAUAAAUAUGAGUAACCCUCCUCCGAGACGUUACUGAAUGCCCCUUGUAAGUAAAUAAAUAAUAAACAAGGUGCAGUCUGCUGGUGGCAUUCACAAGUGUGAGAACAUGUUAAAACAAUGAACAGAACUGUUUGGAAGAUUGUAACUUUUCUGGCAAUAAAAAAAGUACUUUUGGGGGGCCAUGGGAUUUCAUUUUA